AUGGUGCAUAGUUACACACCGCCCUGUGCCUUGGAUUCAAAGGUGGUUUCAAACCCACCUUUCUGUGUGGGUGUUGAAGAAGAAGAGGCACCAGAUAUAGACAUCUAUCAUUGUCCAAAUUGUGAGAAAACCCAUGGAAAGUCUACUUUGAAAAAGAAAAGAAAUUGGCAUAAACAUGAUACUGGACAGACGACAGAGGUGAAGCCCGUACAGAAUGGGAGCCAGGUCUUUAUAAAGGAACUUCGAAGUCGUACUUUUCCGAGUGCUGAAGACAUCAUUGUAAAAGUGCCAGGCAGCCAGCUAACAACAGAGUAUUUGGAAGAAAAUGGCUUUGCAGAGCCCAUCCUGGUCCCCAAGAAGGAUGGCCUGGGCUUGUCUGUACCUGCACCCACCUUCUACGUCAGCGACGUUGAAAACUACGUUGGACCAGAGAGGAGUGUGGAUGUCACUGAUGUCACCAAACAGAAAGACUGCAAGAUGAAGCUCAAGGAGUUUGUGGAUUACUACUACAGCACAAACAGGAAGAGGGUCCUCAAUGUGACCAACCUGGAGUUUUCAGACACGAGGAUGUCCAGUUUUGUAGAACCUCCAGAUAUAGUUAAGAAGUUGUCCUGGGUGGAAAACUACUGGCCUGAUGAUGCUCUUCUGGCUAAGCCGAAGGUAAACAAGUACUGCCUGAUUUGUGUGAAGGACAGCUACACUGACUUCCACAUAGAUUCAGGAGGAGCUUCUGCCUGGUACCAUGUGCUGAAGGGAGAGAAGAUCUUUUAUCUCAUCAAACCAGCCUCUGCAAAUCUUUCUCUUUAUGAACGCUGGCAAUCGGCAGCAAACCACAGUGAGAUGUUCUUUGCGGACCAAGUAGAUAAAUGUUAUAAAUGCACAGUCAAACAAGGACAGACCCUCUUCAUUCCAUCAGGUUGGAUUUAUGCAACUCUAACACCUGUAGACUGCCUGGCCUUUGCAGGACAUUUUCUACACAGUCUAAGUGUUGAAAUGCAGAUGAGGGCCUACGAAGUAGAGAGACGAUUGAAAAUUGUCAGUCUGACCCAGUUCCCAAACUUCGAAACCGCAUGUUGGUACAUGGGAAGGCAUCUACUAGAGACAUUCAAAGGUUUGCAUAAAGCCGGGCAACAACCUCCCGCUCAUUUACUCCAAGGAGCAAAAAUUCUCAACGGUGCUUUCAGGUCGUGGACUAAAAAACAGGCUUUAGCAGAACAUGAAGAUGAACUACCAGAAAACUUCAAACCAGCACAACUUAUCAAGGACCUUGCCAAAGAAAUAAGAUUAAGUGAGAAUGCUUCAAAAGCCAGCAAAGCAGAUGUGAGUGCCAACACAAAUGCUGAGGAGAUCUGUCCUGUGGAGAAGGAGGAGGCACCAUCACCUGUCCAAGUGACGCCUCCACCCCCACCUGUUGAAAAGCUCCCUAAAAAAAAGACUCCCAAGACUGUGAAAACCCCCAAACAACUCAAGCCAUCCAAACCCCCCAAACCUCCCAAGCCACCCAAGCCCCCUAAACCUCCCAAAACACCCAAAGUUAAGGGAGAAGGCAAAAAGAAAGGAAAGAAGGUGAAAGAGAGCCCACCACCAGCCAUCCCCAACCUCGACUUGCUGGAGGCACACACCAAGGAGGCUUUGACCAAGAUCGAGACACCAAAGAAGGGGAAGGCUGCAAAGAAUGUUUUAAGUGUUCCAAAUAAGGAAACUACUAGUAAGCAGAAUGAGGUGGAGAAAUUUGAAGUACGAGAGCAAAAUAAAAGCAAAACGGAAGCCAAAUGGAAAUACAAGAACAGUAAGCCUGAUUCACUUCUAAAAAUGGAAGAGGAACACAAAUCAGAAAAGAUGCCAUUAUCAGGAAAUAAGGACAAUAAAUUUAUGUUCUCCUUCUCUAAUAAGAAGUUGCUUGGUUCAAAAGGAGUCAAAACCCAACUGAACACUAGUGUGUUUGGGUCACUGCAGAAUUUUAAAGAAGAGAAAGCAAAGCCUAUACGAGAUGAAUAUGAGUAUGUCUCAGAUGAUGGUGAACUAAAAAUUGAUGAGUUUCCAAUCAGAAGGAAGAAAAACACUACAAAAAGAGAAUUGCCCUUUUUAUCAGAUAAAAAGGACACCCUGCAGCACACUCCUGUUAAGAAGCCAAAGGUGGAGCCGGUGUCGUACAAGAGUGAUGACUCGUCAGAUGAAGAUUUGCUUCACAUUGACACAGAGGCAAAGCCAGGACGUAAUUCCAAAGUAAAGAAAGAGUAUAACACCAACAGCCAGCCACCUGCCUCACCCAGCACGCAAGAAGCAAUCCAGGGCAUGCUAUCGAUGGCAAACCUCCAGUCCUCAGAGUCCUGCCUCCAGACACAAUGGGGCACCAAUCAGGCGAAGAAUAACUCCAUCUCUACACAAAACUCCAAAAAAACGGGUGGUGGCAGCAACAAAAAUGCUGGCAAACGGUUACUGAAGAAAAGCACAAAGAACAGUAUUGACAUUGAAGAUUACGAUGAAGAUCAGGACCACUUAGAUGCCUGUUUUAAAGAUUCAGAUUACGUUUACCCUUCUCUCGAAUCAGAUGAAGAUAAUCCAGUAUUCAAGUCCCGAUCAAAGAAAAGAAAAAGUUCAGAUGAUGCCCCUUACAGUCCAACAGCACGAGUCGGCCCCUCGGUGCCUCGCCAGGACAGACCCGUGCGGGAGGGCACCAGAGUUGCCUCCAUCGAAACUGGACUCGCUGCCGCCGCCGCGAAGUUGUCACAGCAGGAGGAACAAAAAGGCAAGAAGAAAAAAAAUACCAAAAAGAAGCUGUCAACCAACAACGUGAACAAAGUGGCUCAGGAAGGCAGCUCGCCAGAGCCGAAGCUGGAGCCACAUGCCAGCAGCCUCACAGAUCACGAGUACACCGCAGGGGCCAGCACCUUUGGGGUCGCCCAACCUAACAAGGGAUCGCAGCCGAUGGCACCAGGUGUUUUCCUCACACAGAGGAGACCCUCAUCAUCCUCGCAGAACAAUGCCUCCGCCAAAGGGAAGCGCACGAAGAAGGGGAUGGCCACGGCCAAGCAGCGUGACUGGCAACUGGAAAUUGAUAAAUCCCCUGCUCAAAAUGCAAAGGAUGCCAUCGCCACGGAGCACUCUGAUGUACCUCCAGCCACAGGAAAGACUCCUCCUCCUCACUCCAUGGUGAAUGGACAAUAA